UGAGGUCUUUCCCUGAAGUGUCAUGCACAUUUAUCCGCCAUUGGUCCUGCAAAGUUUUACCUGGAUGUAAAUCUACAUUUGUCCGAUUUCAAAAAAGCAUCUUUUCGAAGUUUCAUAUGACAGCGUCGCUGAGAAGUUUGUGACUUUUCGUGCACAAUGAAUAGUUUGUAUUUUUGUAUUUAUUUGUCACACUUAACGUUACAACCUCUGUUGUAGGCAGUGAGUAUAUCCAGACACAAAUGGGCUAGCUAGCUAACGUUAAAGCUAGUUGGUUAAAUUCACAGUAUUCAGAAGUAGUUGAACUGUCAUCUAUGGUGAUAGUUUAACGUAGCUAGCUAGCUUACUUUCUCAGAUCUAUAAUUCCAACGUUAACAGAAUGGAGACACCAGAUACGUUACAAUCCAAACUCGUUUAUCGUACACCAGAGGGUUCAGUACAGUCUAGUCCUUGUGGAUCCAGGACACGGACGCCAAUGAGUGCCUCGCUUAAGGAAAGACUGAAAAGAACUAGACGAUCCUUCAGCUCUCCGUUUUCUGUGGCGAAACGACUUAAAGUGGAUUCAGACGAAGAGGUGGUAACAACUUCAAAUGAAAGUAGUGUCAAGGAGUGCACAGAAACAAGCACACCACAGAGCACUGACGCAGUGGACUACAACCGAAAUCAAAUACCGCAGAAGACGAGCACUGAAAACGGAAUUGGCGGAUGUCAGGACGACUUGUCCUCAGGCGAACCCAUGCAGCCUUCACAAAUCGACCUCUUCCAACUUCGUGAAAAAUUAAAGAAAGAUAUUAGAGAGAAGACCGAGAAACUUCGCAGGCUGAACAUGGCUAAAAUGUACAGAACUAAGAAUGACUUGACACAGCUCCAGUCCCUGAUCGAUAAAUGGAGAAGUUGCAGUCAGGCAGUGCUGUUUGACCUGCAGUCAGUUCUGCCCGUUGAUGGUAGGAAGGCCAGCAUUUCCCAUCUGAUAGACCAGUUCGGACUAGAGGACGACAUACUGCACUUUGACCGCAAUGAAGACGACUUUACAGACUAAAUCAAUCCAACUGCUUCUUGAUUGAUGUCUUUACCUCGUUACCUCGAUUUUGAAACCUAGCAAACUGUCCCUUUCCUUUGAAUUUGCUCAGUUUGUUGAGUGUCUUGUUCUUGAGCAAUUUCAUACUGGACAGACGUAUUAUAAAGUAAUGUACUGACACUUUGUAGCAAAGUUUAAUAAAAACACAUUUUGUAAAUCUU